UGUCUUAUUAUAGUACAAAUGGAGAAGUAAGAACAAGACCAGACCCAGUGUGUCAUUGAUUACAGCUAUUCUAUCAUAGUUCCUUUACACAUCAGUUAUCACUUGCACGAAAAAACCUUCUUCGUCUUGGAACCACAUCAAGCUCACCUACAAUAUACCAACAUGAAUGGCCUGUUCUUCCUGUUCUGCUGCGCAGAAAUCCUGAGUGCACUAUUGUGUGGAGCAGAACCACAGUCCACCAACAGUUCACCUUCAGCCACAGAAUCCCUCACCAAUCUAACCAGCUUCUCCACCAGCAUGACUGAGGCCAGCACUGCGAUGAGCAGCACUCAUCGGGCAAAUACAAAAGUCACCUCCAAAAGUCCUACCACUCCUUCUGUCACACAGACCACAGCGUCUCCCAAUUUUUUUCAGGGGAUGAAGGAGUGUCUACCAGUAUUCAUGGUGAGUGGCGGACUGAUGGUUGUCUGUACUAUUCUGCUGGUUUCCACUCUGCUGUUGGCGUGUAAGGUGUGCCAUUUGGCCAGACACAUCAGGAAUCUCAGCAGCAACUCUGACCUGAUCAGCAACACUGAAUACUGGAUGGGAACUGACAAAAAGGGCAAAAGCAAGUCGGAGGCAGAGCCCAAAGAGACCACCGUGAUGAUGGCCGAUAUCAAUGAAACACAGGCAGAGACAAAUGGCACCAAGGAGGAAGGAGGGAAAGUAACCGAGGAAGGACAAAUGGGAGAGGAGAACAAGGAGGAGGAGGUGGGAGACGCAGAGGAGGCUUCAGCUAAACCUGUAGCUGAUGCUGACAAAUCAUCCCCCUCAAAGCCACAAGAGGAGGCCACUGAUUCCCCGACCACCAAAGCUGUAACAGCCCCCACCUCUGAAGGCACAGAGGAACCAAAGGAUGUGGUUUAGAGUUCAUGAGUGUGUGUGUGUGUGUAAAGGCAAAGUGUUUCCUGACCAACUGCCUUCACUUCUCUAAAGCCCAUUUACUGUAAAUAACAAAUAUUUUCUUUCUGCAGCUUUUCCUUUACACUUUAAUUGAACAACUGUGUGUGCCCUGCCAAACUAAAAUGCACUGAGUAUUUUGUUUUAAAAAAAUUGGUUAAUACCGUAUUGCUCUGUUAUUUGUGUGCUUUGAAUAUUAGAAUAUAUUGUGACUUAUGAUAGAUAUACGACAAACUGUACAUGCCACAGCCAGAGAAAUAAAAGACAGAUUGUUACUUUA